GUGGCUGGCGUAAAUAAAGAAAUGGAGGAAUCACAGAGAGACCCAAAAACUGGGGCUGAUAGAGCUCCUACAGAAGAGAAAAUGAAAGGAGUGGAACUAGAUACCAUCCUGAUCAAAGAGCUUGGGCAAUUUGGGAGAUAUCAGUUACGGACUUUCUUACUGUCAUCUGUGUUGGUACUCUUCAUUGCAUUUAGCUCUGUGGAAUAUAUUUUUACAACAGCUCGAAUUACUACCAGGUGUUUAAUCAUAGAAUGUGAAGAAGAAUCUACGGAGUUCUCCCAAUACUGGUUGCCAAAUGCUCUGCCACCUGGAGCGAGUGCAGGCUCCUACGACAAUUGCCAACGAUAUGGCAACUUGACAGCAUUGCCGCGGCUGGUUGAGAGUGACACCUGUCCCAGCUCACUCUUCGACCGCAAUACGAGAAUUCCAUGUGAUGAGUUCGUGUACCAAAACACCCACUCUGUCGUGUAUGAUUUUGGGCUGGCUUGUGAUGAAUGGCGGCGGACGCUGAUCGGUACGAUGCGCACCCUGGGUACUCUCACCGCACUCCCAGUUGCUGGAUUCAUUUCUGAUCGAUGGGGUCGACGAGUUGCCCUCACCAUCACAGCUUUCAACACAGCGUGGAUUGGAGUCACACGGUAUUGGGCAAACACCUAUAUUGGCUUCAUACUGUCCCAGUUUUUUGAAUCUACAUUCGGAUCUGGUGGAUUUUCCUGUGUUUAUAUCUUGAUGUUGGAGUUGGUUGGUCCAAAGUACCGUGUGGCUGUUGGAGCAGCUAUGAACACAUGCUUUGCAAUCGGACAAGUGUUAAUAGGAUUCAUUGCCUGGGGUGUACCCAAUUGGAGGAAACUCACGCUGACUCUCUACAUCCCACAGUUACUCACCAUCUCUUACUACUGGCUCAUCAGCGAAUCUGUGCGCUGGUACAUGAGCAAGGGUCGUUUCGAUGAAUCUGAGGCUUUACUCAGAAAAGUGGCCAGGGUCAAUGGGAAGGAAAUAUCUGAGAAGUCCUUGGAAGCGUUACGUCAUACGGCAGAGAAGAAGUUGAGGAUAAGUGCUGAAGAGGCAGAAAAACAGGGUGGUGAGACCUGGUUGGUAGUCCAAGUGUUCAGACAUAAGCGAAUACUUCUACGUGUUGUUGUAUCUCCCGUGUGGUGGAUCACGACCACUUUUAUUUACUAUGGACUAUCACUAAAUGCCGUAAACAUGUCUGGAAAUAGAUAUUUGAACUUUGUAGCCGUGUCAGCGGUUGAGAUUCCUGGAUUUUGGAUUUCAUAUUUCUUAAUGGAUAGAAUUGGAAGGAAGCCUGUGUUGACUGGCGCAUAUUGGUUGUGCGCUGCUUGCCAGAUUGCAUACAUAUUUAUUCCACAAGAUUUGUAUGCAGCGUCACUCACAGUAUACCUUAUCGCAAAGUGCUCAAUAGCAAUGGUUGCGACGUCAAUGUACGUUUACACUGCUGAGCUUUACCCCACGAAGCAUCGACAUAGCUUGUUUGCUUUCUCUUCGAUGAUGGGAAGAAUCGGUUCCAUAAUUGCACCUUUAACACCUGCUUUUGGUGCCCAAUGGUUUGAAGAAUUGCCUUUUGUCUUAUUUGCCUCUUUCGCCUUGGUAUCUGGACUCCUGAUCUUUUUAACACCAGAGACACUGGGCACUACGCUACCAGACACUUUAGAGCAGGCAGAAGAUAUUGGACGUCAAGGAACGAGAAAAUAAUGGAUAAAUAAAUUUAGUUG